AUGUCGGAGGGAGACGAGAUAGAAAGAUGUUUGGGAAGUCUCAUAUCCCCACUGCGGGUACUGCUUCAUAUUGAAGAGCCAUCUCGGGUAUGUGGUGCUAUAAUCAAAGAAAUUGAAUUAUUUAACAAAAAGCGACUACUCACUGGUUACGUCGACUCCAUCGCAGCUCGUAUUGAUAUACCUUCGACGGAGAUCUGGCGCUGUUUCAAUUCUCUCAUGCAGCUGCAUAAUUAUGUGCGUAAUAACAAGCUUGCUGAAUCUAGUCUGAAGGAUAUUUUGUCACGGAAUUCCUUCGAUGAUGAGUUUAUCAAAGCAGUCAUCGACUUUAUGGAUACUGAGCAGUCUUGUAAACCUACCAUAGUGAAUGCUAUAUCUAAAUAUCCGCCAUUUCGAUCUCUUAAUUGCCGUUUACAGAUUACGAUUGGCCGAAUGGUUUUGUUGCAUUCACCGGAUAUAAUGCUUCAAUUUUGGCUUCGUGUUGGUACUGGUGAUGAUUGGACAACUGGUAUUGAUGUUGAGACUUCUGCUUCCAUGGAAGAUGAGAAAAUUUUCUUGGUGGAUUCUGGGAUGCUAAGCAGAUUAAUUGAAGAAAUUGAAAAAAUUAUGUCAGUUGCUUGUAAAUUAGAACGUUUGCAUUUGAAAUAA